ACGAUGUUCUUCACCUGCGGCCCCAACGAGGCCAUGGUGGUCUCAGGUUUCUGCCGCAGCCCCCCGGUGAUGGUGGCCGGGGGCCGGGUGUUGGUGAUCCCGUGCCUGCAGCAGAUCCAGAGGAUCUCCCUGAACACGCUGAUGCUGCCCGUGCGCAGUGAGAAGGUUUACACCCGCCACGGGGUGCCCAUCUCCGUCACCGGCAUCGCACAGGUACCCCUGGAAUGAUCUAAAACACCGCCAAAAUCCCCCAAAAAUCCCCCUCUGGACCCCCCAAAUCUCCCUGGAACCCCCAAAUAUCCCAUGCCGGUGCCCCCAAAACCCCCCGGGAACUCCAAACCCACACUCUGAACACCCAAAAUCUCCUUGGAACCUCCCAGAAAGUCUCCGGCGUCUCCAAAUCCCUCCCGGGGCCCCCCAAAUCCACCCCUGGGGCUCCCCUGGCCGCACCACCAGGGUGGCGUUGCCCUUUUAAGUGAGUUUGUGGUGGGGUCAAUCUGAAGGACUUCUUAAAGCGGCGAUGGUCGCGGGAAGGGUAAAACACCGCGGGGGAGGGGAGGAGCCCUUUAAAGGGGGUUUGGAGUGGGGGGGCACACCGGGAACAUUGAAAGGGGUAAA